GCAAAGGACAUGCCCGUCUGCCCAAGCAAGAGUGGAAGGCGAAGUCGCUGCGAUUUGUUCACGAGGCAGAACUCAUUGAGGAUGGCUUGGAUGCACUCAAGUGGGAAACCACAGACUACGCCGCCUUAUCCGCCUGGUACGAUGAGGACUUGUGGGCCACUCUUCACUUCGAGGAGGAUCUGGGAUGCUGCGAGGUGCAGUCUUCCUCGGGGGACUCCAUGGCAUCCUGGUCGAUCAUCAGCACCACCUGCGGGCUGUCUGAGGACGAGGCAUCGAUGCAGCCAUCUCGUACCGAAGCGGUGGUGAGGAA